AUGCACGCUCCUUCAAUCAUCCAGCUCGCCGUCACCGGCCUCCUCGCUGCCUCGGCUGCCAGCGGAUUCCAGGUCACUGGUCCCCGCGACCUGGCCCGCCCUCUUGCCGGCGCCCUCGUCGCCUACGCCCUCCCGGCUCUGGCCUCUGCUGAGUCCAUCGAAGCUCGCGAGCCUCACCACAAGGGCCGCGGCAAGAAGGCCGGAGCCAAGCGGGACGAAGCUGCUGAGCUCGAGACCCGUGAGCCCCACCACAAGGGUCGCGGAAAGAAGGCCGGUGCCAAGCGAGCUGAAGACGAGACCGCCGACGAUGUCGUGGAGGACGACGUCGACGUCGAGGAUGAGGUCGACGACGAGGUUGACGAUGAGGAGGAGGCUGGCGCCGAGAUUGAGGCUCGUGCCCCUCACCACAAGGGCCGCGGCAAGAAGGCUGGCGCCCGUCGUGAGAUUGCCGCUCGUCACCACAAGUAA